AUGGAGAGAGGAGAUGGUGGUUGUGGUGGCGGUUUGUCACAUGCAUCGCACGACAGUCAUGGAUCCAGUGUUUCGAUGCGAAGGAGGAGGGUGAAUGCUCAUGAUGGAUCAUGUUUCUGUGGGCUGAAGACUGUGAUUAAGAAAUCUGGGACAGCGGAGAAUCCGAAUAGAUUGUUCCAUGCAUGUCCAAGGUACCGGAAGGGUAGUCACUGCAAUUAUUUUAAGUGGGUUGAUGAUGAUGAAUUUGAAGCAGUGGGUGUGUGUGGUACAAAGAAAGAUGCAGGAGCUGAUAUAAAGGUUGAAGGCUUGUGUUCUUUCAGAAAACUCAUUGCGAGCCUUGUUUCUCCAAACCAUGAAAACCAUGCUCCUGUUACUUGCAUAGUUUCUGAUGGUGCUAUGUGGUUCACUUUGAAAGUUGCUCAAGAGUUCCACAUCCCUCACUUUGUGUUUUUCACUCCCAGUGCCUGUGGCAUGCUGGGAUACAUUAACUUUGAAGAGAUUCGGAAAAGAGGUUAUUUCCCAUUGAAAGAUGAGAAGAAUCUGCUUGAUGGAUAUCUUGAUACUAAAGUUGAUUGGAUUCCAGCAAUGAAAGGAGCAAGACUAAAAGACCUUCCCACAUUUCUUAAGACUACUAAUCCUUAUGAUGUAAUGUUCAAUUACAACAUAGUAAAAGUGAACACUGCUAUGCAUGCCAAAGGGGUUAUCCUUAACACCUUUGAAGACUUAGAAUCAGAGGUUUUGGAUGCCAUCAGAGCCAAAUACUCCAAUGUCUACUCCAUUGGUCCAUUAUCAAUGCUAUUCAAACAGCUCUCAAACUCAAAUACUCAAUUGGAGUCGAUUGAUCUGAAUCUGUGGAAGGAAGACAACAAAUACUUGGAAUGGUUGGAUAAAAGAGACAGAUGUUCUGUUGUGUAUGUGAACUUUAGUAGCUUAGUGAUUAUGACACCAAAGCAACUAAGUGAAUUUGCUUGGGGUUUGGUUAAUAGCAAGUACCAUUUCUUGUGGGUCAUAAGGCCUAAUCUUGUGCAUGAUAAUAAUAAUAAUGGUGAUGAAAAAUUAAGUGAUGAAUAUGUGAAUGUGAUUGAAAGAUGUGAGAGGGGAUUGGUAUUGGGGUGGUGCCAACAAGAGAAAGUUCUGUGUCAUGCAUCAAUUGGCGGAUUUCUAACACAUUGUGGGUGGAACUCAACAUUGGAGAGCAUAUGUGAGGGAGUUCCAAUGGCAUGUUGGCCUUUCUUUGCAGAACAACAAACAAACAGCUUCUAUGCAUGCAAAAAAUGGGGGAUUGGGAUGGAGAUUGAGUGUGAUGUUAAGAGAGAGCAGGUUGAGGGGCUUGUGAGGGAACUCAUGGAGGGGCAAAAAGGGAAAGAAAUUAAGGUUGGUUUAUAA